GUGCGCUCGCUGUACUUCCUUCUUUCGCGGCAAGGCUUGCGAGUAUUCUGUUGUAGCCUAUGCUAUUUGAAUAAACACAAUUUUUGUCUUCUAAAAUAUAAUUUUAACAGUCCAGACAUGAGUUUGCCGCUGAACCCCAAGCCCUUUCUGAACGGUCUUACGGGUAAACCCGUGAUGGUGAAGCUGAAGUGGGGUAUGGAGUACAAGGGAUAUCUGGUAUCAGUAGACGGAUACAUGAACAUGCAGCUGGCCAACACAGAGGAGUAUGUGGAUGGAGCAUUAGCAGGUCACCUUGGUGAGGUGCUCAUCAGAUGUAAUAAUGUUUUGUACAUUAGAGGAGUAGAAGAAGAGGAAGAAGAUGGAGAGAUGAGAGAAUAAAGAAUGGAUUGAUUUCUUUGUCAAAUCAGGAUUGGAAGUUGCAUUGCUCAGUUUGCAUUGUGUCUCGGUUUUAUGUGAGAGUGAUACAUUUUCCUUAUUAAAUUGUUAGUUUUGUUAUUUUUUACACUGUAAAAGUUAUUGGUGGCACGAUGACUAAUAAAUUGUGCAGUUUGUA